AUGUCAUAUUUAUUUCUUGAAUUCAAGUCUCAAAAACACCAAAGAAAAGCUAUGGCUUCUUGUCAUAAGAUGUUAGUAGUGUUGAUCUUCUUGUUGGCAAUGGAAAAACCAUUUGGUGUUGAAGAUAAGGUGAAGGUGUCAUUGUACUUUGAAUCUUUGUGUCCAUAUUGUGCAAAUUUCAUUGUGAAUCAACUUGGGAAGGCAUUGUUUCAAUGGAAUCUAAUCUCCAUUGUAGACCUCAAGAUGGUCCCUUGGGGUAAUACUCAGUUUGCUCCUAACCAUGCUUGGAUCUGUCAGCACGGUCCUGAUGAAUGUAUGAUCAACAUGGUAGAAGCUUGUGCGAUUAACUUGUUGCCUCAAACGGAAUUGAGGUUCAAGUUGAUUGAGUGUAUUGAAAACUUGGAUUUGCAAGGAAGGCAUAGUGAAUGGAGGUCUUGUAUUCAAAACAACCCCAAACCCAUCAUGGAUUGCUACCAAAGUAGAAUGGGUGUUGAUCUUGAACUAAAAUUUGCUGAUGAUACAAAUCAUCUAAAUCCCCCUCAUAGAUUUGUACCAUGGGUGUUGGUUGACAAUAAGCCCCUUGAAGAGGAUUACCAGAACUUUGUGGCAUAUAUUUGCAAAGCGUACAAGGGACAAAACAAACCGGAAGCCUGUCAACAACAUCAUGUUGAGACCAAUUUUUUCAAAGAGGCAAACUCUAGCUAUCAUGUUUGCUAUACCGGUGAAAAUAAGCAUUCGUUGCCAUUUAGCUACAACGUUUAAUAUAUAAUCUACAAUUUAUCAUAAUGUAAGUGCUUGGAUUUAAACAUCGUAACUCUAGAAAGACGAUUCACUAACAUUCCAAGAAAUAUGAACGUACCAUAUGUAAAUU